UCUUGUUAUUUGGUUUUAAAAGUUGUUUUCAAAAAGCAUUAAACAUGGUUCGUGCUCUUGAACAAGAACAAGAAAGUUACAGGUCUAGGUUGUUUCAUUUCAGGGGUAUGCAUGAGAACACAGGAAGACAUGCAAAGAGUUUGAGCAUCGAGAGUGCUAGCGUUUUAGAAGAGGCAGCCCUGGAUGAAGGGGUGGCAAUUAGAAGUCAGGGAUCAAGACCUCCAAGUGAUUUACCAUCAUUGAAUAGAAGCGACAAGGGUCUCAAGCCAAGGCUGACCAUGGAAGAUAUGUUAUCUGUCUACCUAGCCAGAGAAAAGCAGCUGUUAAAUGAUAUGGAGCAGAUGAAGGAAAGGUUUGCUAAAUUGCUCUUAGGUGAGGAUAUGUCAGGUGGAGGGAAGGGAGUUUCAUCUGCUUUAGCACUGUCAAAUGCCAUUACAAACCUUGCUGCUUCCGUCUUUGGUGAACAAUCACGCUUAGAGCCGAUGUCACCUGAAAGAAAAGCAAGGUGGAGAAAAGAAAUAGAUUGGCUCUUGUCUGUAACUGACCACAUUGUUGAACUUGUUCCCUCUCAACAAAAAAACAAGGAUGGAUCAAACAUGGAGAUAAUGGUCACAAAGCAACGAACAGAUCUUCAUAUGAACAUUCCUGCCCUGCGGACACUUGAUACAAUGCUUAUUGAUUGUCUAGAUACCUUCAAGAACCAAAAUGAAUUCUAUUAUUUGUCAAGAGAUGCCCCAGACUCAGAAAAAGGAAACAACAAGAGAAAAGAUGACAAAUGGUGGCUGCCUACUGUUAAAGUUCCCCCGAAUGGUCUGUCAGAGACUGCAAGAAAAAAUCUGCAGAUCCAAAAGGAAAGUGUGACUCAAGUGCUUAAAGCAGCAAUGUUAAUUAAUGCUCAACUUCUGUCAGAGAUGGAGAUCCCUGAAAACUACAUUGAAUCCCUCCCUAAGAAUGGGAGAGCUAGUCUUGGUGAUUCAAUCUAUAGGAGCAUCACAGUUGAAUUCUUUGACCAUGAUCAAUUUCUCUCCUCUAUGGACUUGUCAUCAGAGCACAAGAUUUUAGACCUCAAGAAUAGAAUUGAGGCAUCUAUAGUAAUAUGGAAGAGGAAGAUGAACCAAAAGGAUGGAAAAUCAACUUGGGGUUCUGCUGUUAGCUUUGAGAAGAGGGAACUCUUUGAGGAGAGAGUUGAGACCAUUUUACGCAUUAUCAAACAUCGGUAUCCAGGACUUCCUCAAUCUUCACUAGACAUCAGCAAAAUCCAAUACAACCGGGAUGUAGGGCAGGCUGUCCUAGAGAGCUACUCAAGAAUACUGGAAAGCUUGGCCUUCACGAUCUUGUCGAGAAUUGAAGAUGUCCUCCAUGCUGAUUAUGUUGUCCAAAAUCCGAGUCAAACAUCAUGCAUAUCGAACGCUUCAAAGGAUGAGAGCCAGCCUACUUCGGUGCUUGCAAGCCCAAGAUGUGAUGUGGAGACAACGAAUUCGAUGACCCUUUCGGAUUUACUUACUUGGAGUUUAGAUCAAAAUGACUCUGAGGAAAAUGCAGACUCGACAGAUGACUUACCUAAAGAGGGUGAUGAAAAGCACAUGCAAAAACUAAGCAUAGUGACUAACAAGAAGGUUUCAUAUCUUGAGAGCUUGGGUGGAACAAGAAGCCCAACGGCACGCCAUUAA